CGUUCGCGUUCGCUCGGUUUUACCGUUCGAAAACUUCGGGAAAACUAAGCGCUAGUGAAAAUGAAAAUAUGCAAGGCAAUAUCAAUAAAUCACAACAAAAAUGAGCUAAAAGUUAUUAGUCCAAAAGCCUGGCAUCGCGAAAAAGUUCCCGAAUCAUAUUCAUAUCCAUUAGCAUUACCGUAAUGAAUUUCGAGAGAGCAAAUAGCGCAAAUAGAGCGCAUUGGGAAACCGAGAGCGUGAGCGCACAAAACGUUUUCGAACAUUAGCCCCCAUUUUUUUGUGACUGAAAACACACACAUUAAUAUCGGAAAAAUGCCCCUAACAGUGCCUAACCAGCGAUUCUUUGUCUUUGUGCAGAUUUCUUAAUUAAUUAAUAAUAAUGUGAGCAACCCAAGCCCAAAUAAUAAUACAAAUCAAAGAGCGAAAACCCAAUUCAACGAAGCAAACGAAUUUCAAAAUGUCCAAUUCCGAUUCCAAUUCCAAUUGCAAUUCGAAUUCCAAGGUUAUUGUGCAACACCAGCAGCCACCACCAGCAGCCACCAACAACAAUAAUCUACGUUAAAUGAAAUAAUCAAAUUAAUACUAUUAUGCGAGUAACGAAGAAGUAAAACGCUAAGCGCAGUGUGUUCGAAACCCAAGAAUCGCGCUCCUCUACGCAGGUGACUUGGUGAUUUGCAUGCUAGCCAGUGAUCAGCUGGAAGGGAACUGGGAACCUGGCUGCUGCGGAUUCAUGCCGCUGGAUGUGGACGCAGGGCAGCAACUGAAGCUGGAGCGGCUCUGGCGGGAACAGAGGGAUAAGAGGGAACAGAGGGAUCAGACGGAUCUGACGGAUCGAGAGAGAGCCGAUCGCCAUCCAAGAAUACCGCUCCGCAGCCCACACUACUGAUGAUGAUGGGGCCAUGAGCCCAUCAUUAUUCGCAUUGAAUUGGAGUCGCAAGCGCGUCUCAAGCGGGCCUGCACCAUGCUAGCACCGCCGAACCCGAGGUCAAUAUGCGGCCAGGACCCGGGCUGGUCGUGAUGGCGCUUGCGUUUAUUUCGGGGGCUCGGCGUGGCAGCAGCAGCAGCAUCAGCUCAGCAACAGCAACACCAACAGCGGCAGCAACAUCUGCAGCGGCAGCAGCGGCGGCGGCGGCAGCAGAAACAUCCGCAGCAUCAACAUCCGCAGCAGCAGCAGCAGCAGCAGCAAACACAGCAGGCGGCCGUAAAAGGGGCAGAAGUGGCGGCGGAGUCGGAGGCGGAGGAGUUGCAACCACGUUACCGUCCACUGGCGAGUCGUCGUCAUCGUCAUUCGUUCGCAGCUCUGGCUCAUACCUGCUGCCCAUCUUCCUGCCCCACCAUCUCGACUUCGCGCUCCAGUUCCACCCACAACUGCCGCCGCGGGAGUACAGCAAGGACCAGGCCCACUCCGAGUCCUGGGCGUCCUCGAGGAUUGCGGACAGGCUUCAGCAGCGGCGACGACGACGCGAGAGCAGCAGCAGCCGGGAUAUAGCAGGUAGGGCAGGCGGAACAGGCGGUACAGGCGGUAAAGGCGGAUCGGGAGCGGACCCAGGAGGUCUGGGAGUCACUGCCGGUCACAGCACCGAGUCAAGCGAGGCCAACAACCCGGAGGACGACGGCCAGGAGGAUCGCGGCCUGACAGUGCAGUUCCCCUCGUCGCAGGCCUACGACGAGGACCAGGACAUCUUUGCCCUGGUGGCCGAGGACGACCUGCUGUCCGAGGAGUCCUUCGAUCGCCUGAUCAAGCUCAACGAAGACGCCGACGAGGAGGACUACAAUCUGCAGCAGCAGCAGCAGCUGCAGCAGCACUUGCCGCAACACAAGCAGCAGCAACAGCAACCCGGAGCGGAAACGGAAAUAGACACAGAGCCAGAGAGCGAGACGGAAACGGAGACGGAGACGGAGACAGAGACAGAAGCGGAAGCGGAGAGAGAGACCGAACAGCAGCAGCAGGACGAGAGCCGACUGAUUGAUGAAGGUGUCCUGCAGCACAGCGACCACAGCAACAGCCACUCGAAGGAGUUCGCCAUCAGCUACGAUAACAACAAUAACAAACGGGAGGCCAGCGGCCACAUCCUUGAUGCCCAGACGGCGCAGUUGAUCGGCCACAAGGAUAACACCGCGCCCGCCUCGGCCAGCACCGAGUCGGCAGGAGCCAGCAGCAUCACCACAUCCUUGCCAGCGCCCGUGGAUCUGAAGAAGUCCAUACUCGGGACUGCGACUUCGCUAACACGCCUUAAUCCUUGGAUAUCAGCCUGUGAUCUGGCACAGCCGGGCACAGGAACCGACUUGCAGGGUCAGUGCUCGGCUGGUACACUGCCCAUGGCCUGGGUCGAUGAGGGACCCGGGCCCCCAACCUGCCCGCGAUCCUGCGCCGAGCAGCAGCAACAGAAGCCAGUGGCCUCCAAGGCCAAGCGGAGUGCCACCAGUAACAAUAAAGUCAAGUAUUUCGUAAACUAUAAGACAACCCAGAUGCGUUUGCGCCGCGCUGGGGACCACGCGAUGGACGCCACCGACAGCCAUUCCCCGCUGGCCAGCGAGCGGCCUCCGAGCACCACCGACGACCAGGACGUGGACGCGGACGUGGACGUGUCCUCCACCACUACUGAGGAGGCGGAGCCGGAGCCCACGCUGUCCUACAGCCAUCUGCAUGCCCAGGAGCCGGUCCUCGCCCACCAGCAGGAUCCGCGGGAGCGGGAGCAGGAGCAGCAGGAGCAACAACAGUGCCUUGAAUAUCUGGGCGAUUCCGCCGAGUCGAGUCCGCAGCACCUGUGCGGCCUCCAGUCACCUGGUCACCUGCUGGAGCGGCUGAAGGUCCUGCGGCUGCGCAACUGCUGCGAGAGGAGCGUCUUCAGCUCCCUGCACACGCUGGCCCUCAAUGCCAGCCUCACCGAUCGGCAGGAGUGCGUCCGCGUGCUCAGCGACCUGCUGGACGUCGAUGGACUGGCCAACAGGAUCACCUGCGAGCUGGCCGAGAUCCUCUUCCGCUUCGACUGCCGGCAGGUCUACUCGCUGAUCAACCAGUGCGACGACUGCAAGGAAGCAUAUCGUCGCUGGGUCUGCAGUACACUAGUGCCGUAUUUCGCCGAGCCAAAGGACGUGUCGCCGCAGUCGCAGUCACAGACGCAGCCGAAGGACGAGGGGCAGGGCAAAGGCAAACGCUCGGCGAGGAGUGCGGCGAGUGCGGAGGCAAUGGCGAUGGCAACGGCGACGGCGACGGCGGACGGAAUCAAGCAUAAAUCUCUGAAAUUAAUCAGCAAUAACAAUAAAUCAAAUAACGGCAAUAACAUGAACGAGCGUCAGAUUAAUCAGAAGCAUGACAAGAGCUCCAAUGCGAACGCGAACGCGAAGGCGAACUCGAACUCGAACUCGAACGCCAGCAAGGACAUUGACCGCAGCGUGGAGGAGGCGAUUGACAGGGACCUGGCCCAGACAUUCUACGAUGUUGUUGGCCUGUCUAAGCCCCGCCGCGGCGAGGAGGAGCUCCUGCCGGAGGACGAGGCUGGAUUAGGGCGCAGUGCGGACGCGGACGCGGACUCCGAGGUGGAUAAGGGUGCGGAGGCAGAGAGGGAGACGGAGCUGGAGCUGGAAACGGAGGCCGAGGCCGAGGCCGAACAACAAUCCAAUAAUUUCAUAUCGACUGCCAAUAUUUCGGAUCCCAGAGCUACGGAUCCAGUGAUAUCAAAACUACAGAAGAGAUCAACACGCAAGACCGAGUUCCGUAAGCGUCGUCGUAUCCGGCCGUGCCUGAGCGUCUGCCAAACCGUGGAACAAAAGUGCCCCUACCUGCUGCCCGCCGAUCGCGCCCCUGCGCUGCCCACCCAAUAUGCCGGCGAGCCGACAUUUCUCUGCCUAGAUCAAAACAUACCCGAGACAGGGGCGCAGCUGGAGAAGUCGAGCUACGGCCCCAACGACUGCUGCUACAGCUACUGCAACGGACCGGCCUCCGGAAUCUGCACCGUCUGCCAGGACUUCAGCCAACCGCGCUCGGAGGAGGGCGAAGUGGCGGGCAACUCCACCCGCCGUGUGCACAACAUCACGCUCUCGCUGAGCUCACAUCCCGGCGAGCACGCCCGCGCCAAGAGCGUGGCCUUGGCCCUGCGGAACGUCAGCCAAACCGGAAGCGAUCCGGACGCCGUGGAUACGCUGCUCGACCGCCUGCCGUACUACGCCAGCCACGACGGCAUCUUCUACUACGACGAGGAGGGCGAGAUGCCGCACGCCUCGCUCUCCGGCGACUGUGCCGUAGUGCCCGCUGCGACCACGCGCUGCACCAUUCCGUACUACGCCUCCGGGACGGGUGCGGUGGCCAAGCCGCCGACGCAGCUGCUGGUCUGGCUGAGCGCCCUGCUCGGCCUGCUCAGCAGCUGUGGAGCGGCGCGCCAGAGGUGGAGCUGCCAGUGGAGCGGUGGCUGCGGCGGCCACCGGGGUCGCAGUCGCCAGGCGGUCGCCUGCGAGGCCAGCUGCCACGAGCAGGAGCUGGUGAAGAGCAGGAGCUGCAGCCAGCGGAGUCCGAAAGUGCGCAGCAAGGAACAGGUCAGGCCAGGAUGUCGGGAUCAGGACGCCGAGCUGGUGGCCUUCAGGACGUGGCUGUGGUCCAGCUCCUGGCACGCCUACCAGCUGACCUGCAGCAAAGUGCGAUACUUCAGCAGCCGGAGUAGGUUCAAAGGCGAGACGAGACCGGUUCGUUCAAAUCGUUCCACUAACUCCAAGGACCCGCGCUCGCUCAGAGGCGGGAGCGGAGUGCAGUGGAGCCGGGGGGCAGGAUGCACUAGGACUAGGAACUACCGCUUCUUCUACUACUACAACUACAACAUCAACGACUGGUGGCGGAGAUGGUGGCGCUGCCUGAGCAGCGGGGCCUUAUAGUGCCUGCGAGGAAUAGGGACUACCAUGACGACUCCCUCUCCAGCGAGGAGGCGAUACCAAGCACUAGUAGUAGCUAACUCAGAGGCGAUGCAUAUGCAUAUGUAUAUGCAUAGUAGAUGUGGCAUAGUAGAUGGUUCUAGGGAGACACACAGUGACGCAGUGACAGAGAACACACAAAUCCAUGGAAUACGAAUUAAACGAAACGGAAAACAGAAACCACUUAAAUAUUUAUGGUCCUCUUUCAAACGAAAUAAAAACAAGCAUGAAUUAAUUAUAAAUCUCUAUUGAAACAAAACCAAAAUAGCAUAUUUUAUUACAACUAGAACAAAGAAUAUGAAUAUUUAAUUAAACAAAAAGCAACUGCCACAAGAAUAGGUUUUUUAGAUAAACGAUAACGGAAGUAUAAAACAUAAAAAAAAACCAAAACAAAAUAAAAAAAUAAUUUAAAAAGCAUACAACUAAAACAUAAAAGGGAUACCGACGGAAAAUAUAAAUAGUUAUUAAUUUAAUUGCUGGCGAACAUAAAUACGAAACGUUUAGGUUAGCUAUAAAACAAAAAGACGAAUGGAAAAAUCCAAAUUUACUAGACUACAAAUUUGAGAGCGGCAAGGCGAUUAGAGGAAAAUGGGGAAAACCCCAAGUUCCACACACAAUUUCAUUCAGACAACAACAAGACGAGUUUAAGCCGCGUAUCAACCACCUUUCAAAGAAGAGCGAAACGUGAACUUUACUUAAAUUAGUUUACACAACUACAUACGCGUAUGUGUAUGUGUAUGUGAAAAGUACUAUAGUCAAGGUGGGAGCGAUUUAACUAACAAUUAAAACAAUUACGGGAAGAAAGCAAAGAGAAGCCGCAAAAGUGUCUAAAAUGUCUUUAUUUAGUAUGCAAAUAAGAGGAAGUAAACAUUUGUAUAACCCAAUAAAGCAAAAGAGCCAAAAUGAAAAAUGAAAAAUGAAACAUGAAAAAGGAAGAGUAUGUAAAACGCACAGUAACACGUAUCCUUAAGAUUCAUCGACCGACCGACAAGGCGAGGGAGCGACUCUGGCCGAGAUUCGAGAUCGGAUUCGGGUAGCAACGGAUACCGGGCAUUACCGGGAUUACCGACAUAGGACAUAUAUGAGUAUGAGUCGCAUAUAGUAUAUGUAUGUACGUUAGAUAUAGUCAAAAUGUGCAACGUAAGCCGCAAAUUAAGGUAGAAGAGGGGCGUGGCGCGUCAGAAGAACAACAAUAUACCUACUAUAUAAAUACUAACAAUGAAUAAUAAUACUUUUUGUAAUAAAGUGAACUCUAUGUAGCGUAUAUAUAUAUAUUAAUUAUAUAUAUGAAAUAUAUAUAUUUAUAUAAUAUAUAUUGUCUUAACAACUUAUCGUACAUAAACUUUCAGCAAAUGAAAACUAUGAGAAAAUCGAAACGAGAAACCGAAACCGAAACAGAAACCGAAACCAAAACCAAAACCGAAACCCCUAAAGGCGAAAACCAAACGUAAAUAAUUAAGAAAUAAUUAGUCGUAUUUGGUAUUAACUAAUUAACUAUUAAAGUAAGAACUAAACAAUUUGAGAGAACCCUCUGAUAGAGCACACUCGCCCACACUCUCACAGAUCUAGAAAGACACCUCUUCGAGCACUCCUAAUGGUUCAGUUCAAGUUAGUUUCCCCCACCCAAUCACCCAAUCACCCAAUCACCCAAUCACCCGAUGAACCGAUGACCCCAAGACCCGAUGACCCGGUGACCAGGAAUCCGAUCACCCACCCCACUUCCAUCUGUCACUCCACCACUCUCAGACGCUUUCAAGUUUUCGGAAAAGUCCUUUGUUCGAUCCUUUCACUGAGGUCUAUUGUCGAACGGUUGAACCCACUGCAGGCAGUGUCGGAAUUACCAGGACUUAAGUCUAUUAGGAUGUAAUUUUCCGUUGUGCAUCGGAACGUUACCCACUUCUACACUUUCCCACACGAGUUUCCACAACAUCUUGCAUUACCAAACUGACGAAAUUACUUUAGGAGGUAGGAGGAGGUAGCAGGACAGCAAGACAGCAGUACGGAUUUUGUUAGGUGUUGUAGUAGUAACGUAUCGAUAUAACGAGCAGGAGCAGGAGCAGCAGCAGAAGCCUUCAUCACGAACCCUCCAUUUCUCUCUGGUUAGCCCCCAUAUCAAUAACAAUAACGCUUUGUAAAUACAGAUUACGUAUGAGCAAUUUGCCUCGAAUCCAUCUGCACAGUCCCAUCCCCGAAGCAUCCACAUGCAAACGACGUUACACCUUCGCUCCUUUGAUUCUCCAGGUGUCCAUCACCCCCAGUGGCGUCCGUCGAUAUGGCGAUGGUGCGGGUUGACGUGGCCAAACUUUUCACUUAUUACUAUAAGUACAGGGGCGUGUCUAGGAUGCAUGCCUUUUCUUGAGAAACGGGGGGCGUAAGAGCGGUAGAGGGGCGGAUAGGGGUGGACAGGGGCGGAACGACACCGUUAUCAGUCAUUUCAAUGGCGGAACGGAAGCGGAAGCGGAAACGGAAUCGAAAACGGAAACGGAAAAGGUAACGGUGGCGGAAAUAGAAACAGUAACAGAAACAGCAGCAGAAACAGAAACAGAAGCAGAAAGAAAAGAGCAAAGGAACAGGGCAGAGUCAGCCGCUGGCACAAAUUGCGCGCAUAUAGAAUGCAAAUUGUUAUGAAUUAUUGUGUACUUUUGUAAAACUUUUUGAUAUAUAUAAUAUAGUUAACAUGAAUAGAUGCCUAAAUAAUAAUAAAUUAAAUAUUAAUUUAUUUAAAUGUAAACAAUAAAUAGAGAAGGACACUGGAGUAGGCCGGCGGAUGCGGACACGGAGGCGGACCGAGAUCGACUCCAGUCCGCUGCAGUUGGUCGGUGCGACUCGAUCCCGGGCCCCAAUCCAUAUCCGUGCCCCGGCAUUAGCGUAUGUACGAAUAAAUUUUAGGCACCGCAGGAUCUUGAGGAGGAUCAUGACGCCCCUUCGGCGGGGGAUGAUCCGUUCCAGGAGGCGGCGAUAUCUCCGAUAUCCCUGUGCAUAGCGAAACUAGUUGAAUUGUGUACGUAAUGUGGGUGAAACCAUAGCUCCAGAUCUGAUCCAUCUGAUCCAUCGACUUUGCAUGGUAGACAGCGCAUCGACACCACCUCAUGCGGUCCAUACACAAUCGAUUCACAUUCGAAUCCAGAUCCGAAUCAAUAACCAAUUAGCACGAAUUAUAUAAUAAUUUUUGUAAUUGAUUAGCCGCUGCCACACAAGCAAAACCAAAACCAAAACCAAAACUAAAACCAAAAAUCGAAAAACAACAGCAAGCAAAAAGCAAAACCCGCUGCAGCGUUCGCUAGUAAUUAUUUUUUACAAAAACCGAAAAAAAACAAAUAUUUCAAAUAUGUAAAAAAAGAGAUUUUUAAAAACCGAAACAAAAUUGGAAACACGAAAUUCUUUUUAGGCCAAAUGAAAUUACAUAAUUGUGUGCCAGGACAAAAGUGACAAAAUAUAAAAAAGAACAAAAACGUUAAAAUGUGUUGUAUUUAAUAUCAUGCAAGCAUGCACAGAAAACCGAGCGAGCAAGGCGAAUAAACAAAAACAAUUAAUAUAACGAAAUUCAUAGCGUCAAGUCAAGUUUAAUUUAAUUAAAUGAAAACAUAGACUAAUUUAAUGGUUAUGGUUUAAUGAAAAGCCAGCCGCCACACAGCUAGCAAGCAAAACAAAAAGUCUCCAUCAAAUUGAAUACUCUAACCAUAGUAAUUCCCGAAUGAAAGUUUGCAUAGUGAAAAAUCGAAUCCAACAAUGACACAAUGGCCCCUCCCGAAUAACAGUAAUUUAGUGGAAACUGAUAAAUAAAUAAUAAAAAAAACGUAAAACCUAAACCUAAACCUAAACCUAAACCCCACUUGAGACAGCUAAAACUUUAAAAAACUAAACUAAAAAACUGAAAUCUUCUGUACUUGUUAUUAAAAUACAAAACGUAAGGAUAAAGAAAACAUAGAAGAAUCAACAAAUUAUAAAUAAAACGUAAAUGAAAAUAAAAAUAAAAAUAAAAAACGAUGAAAAGCCCAAAAAUAGAACACAAAAACGAAAUUUCAUAGUCCUUAAGCUAAACUCUAAAACCAAAGAAAAUUAAAAAUUAAAUUCCCCCAGCCAAACUAUCUAACGUAAUGAAAUUCAUUUCCCAAGCGAACGGAGGAGGAAUAGUAAUACUUUCUAAUAAUAAUGGCAACUGGCAUAAUUAUGGUAAUUGUAAAAUAAUUAAACAAUGACGUAAACGUAAUACCAAAAACGGAAAAAAUCGAAAAUAAUAAAAAUAAAUUGUUGUUAUUGAAUGUAUUUGUAUAGAAAAAUUAUUAUGAUUAUGACGAUGAAUAAUAAAUGAUUACAAAAAUAA